AUGUACACCACGGGUGCAAAUUCAAUUCGCGGACGCCCACUGAAAAGGCAUCAGCCAGGCGUCCACGUCGGCGUUAGCAGGAAAUGGCAUUCCCCUGGCGUUGACAUCCAAUUCAAAGUCGACACCGGGAUCUACCGGGAUGGCUUUUCGGGACAGCCGGAAGAUGGCCAUAAUAGCUGGCUCGAUGCUGGAGCAGCGACGGGACAGCAGCGUAAUACCCUGUCAGCCAGUCGAUGCGACAUGGCCACCGCCUGCUCACAUCAUGCCAGCCAUGGUGUCACUCAGCCUGGGAGGACUGAGGAGGAGUGGAGGACUGGCGUUCAGUUCGCUGUACAAGCUCGUCCAUUGCCAUAUCAUGACGUACUGAGCAAUCCCAUCUCUCCGGCCCCUUUAUCGCGCUGAAAUUGGGAGAUUGGGAGGA